AUGUUCAACGUAUCAAACCGACCAGUGGUUACUGAGAUCGACGAGGCCAGAGGUGUAGGAUUAAAUACACACGCGUAUGGGAGCCCCACUACAACCGCGCGUGUCAAUAAGGAUAUGAAAUGGGCAUAUAUGGAUGGCCUCAGCGACGCAGAACGCGAGCAUCGCAAUAAGAAAGACACCUGGGAAUAUAUGCCCAGGCUCAGUAACGUGCAACGCGAGAAGUCCAUCCUUGAAUUCCUUCGAUCUGCUCAUCACUGGAGUAUCAAGGACUUCAUACAACAGUUGGCACAUCCGGAAAAGGUCCCAUACGCCCACGGUGCUCAGGUCCGGAUCUAUCAGCUGCGGCAGGCAAUCAUCGAGCAACCUGAAGUUCUCAAGAUCUUCAUGGAGGACAAACAGCUAAUACCCUCAAUGCUUGUUGAGGGUGUCAGCGCAAUUGUUCGAGAGGAGCUUUAUACGUUGAUGCAGGAAGUCCCACUCCUCAGUAAAUUCCACGUCGACAGCUCCCCAAAAGACCUGAAUGUGAAGGACUUUUACAAGGAAGUAGGUGGUAAGGCUCCUAUUUUAUGGCGGCUUCUUCAGACCAUAUCCGCUCAGCUGGAGGAUGAUACUGUUUCAAAUCAACAGAAUGGGUCAUUUGGCUUGAUAGCUGCACUAUUAUCCCAUGCGUUAGCACCAAGACUCAGUAGUGGUUUCCAGGCAUACAUUGGCCUUUAUUUCCAUUCUCUUGGCGCACGAAGACGCUUAAUUGACCUUCUUCAUUCACUCAAUAUAUCACUCAGCUAUGAUAGUAUCCUACGUUACCAUAAUGAGAUUGCAAAAAUUGCACAGGUACAUUAA